CCUCUAAAAUGGCUGCAAUGAUAUUUCUUGUCCUCUUACUUGUUUUCCAAAUACAUUUCGCCGCUUCAAAACCUACUGGAUUUAGCCUAAGGCUCAUGCCAAGGGACUCUCCAGAGUCUCCUCUGUACCCGGAGACCUCACCCAACUCGAAAGAAUCGAAAGAUUGAUCAACUUUUCCAAUGCAAAAGCUUGUUAUCUUGAGCCAAAUUCAGCUUACAAUGCAACAGAUUUUGCCCCUGAUAACAUCAACUUACCCAUGCUUCGGGACAAUUUCUUCUACAUGGUGCAGGUUGGCAUUGGAAGCAAUGGUGUACCGUUGUACCUUUUAAUGGACACCGCGCGCUAUGGCCUUACUUGGACACAGUGUCAGCCCUGUAUCUACUGUUACCCCAUGAGAACACCCAAGUUCGAUUCUCGAUCCUCAUUUAGCUACCGGCCACCCCCCUGCAAUCACCGUCUUUGCAUUAAUUGUCAAAACGGCGUAUGUUUCUACAACAUACGCUAUGGUGGAGGUGCCACCACAAGUGGCGUCAUGGCCUUUGAAACUUUCGCGUUUCAGAUAACUCCUCUUACCGCAACAGUUAUUGACAACACUGCCUUUGGCUGCUCCAACGAUAACCGAAAGAUACAACUUGCGAAGAAUGGAGUGAUUUCAGGCAUCUUAGGAUUAGACAAAUCUGCCCAAUCACUGCUCAAUCAACAAGUAUUCGGCAGUAUUAUUCAAGGGCGCUUUUCUUACUGUCUAGUUCCUUUCACUCAAGCACUACAGACUCCCUCUUUCCUCAGAUUCGGCGAGGACAUUCCUCCACGACAUGAAUGUGGCAUCUCAACGAAUAGGAUUUUCACCAGAAACCUUCCAGGUCAUGGCAGAUGGGUCAGGAUUGUGAUGAGAGCGUUUCAACGGUGCUACGAUUCCCGUCAGCUUCAGAGGAUAGAGGCAAGGUGCCUCAUCAGGGAGGGGAAGUUUGCGCAUUUCAUUGACACCGAGCAAGCGUAUUUUUGUGUCGCCUUAGUGGCCGGUGAUAAGAGGACCGUAUUGGGAGCAUGGCAUCAACAGAACAUGAGGGUUAUUUAUGAUCUUGUUACCGCGGGACUCCAGUUUGAGGAGACUAAUUGUGGGGAUGAUACUACAUGAUUGAACUCUUACUCCUUUUCUGAAAAUUUUGUUUUCAAAAUGUCGAUCUUUUCCAAUGGGUGUAAUGCAGAGAAGUAGAUGUUUGUAUGAAGUUCUAACAGCUUAAUCUCUCUGCUAAAAAUGUCAAUAGGAAAAAAAGAAAAAAUACUAAUAACAUGCGUUAAUUAAG